AUGACAAGCCCAGACCUAGCAUUCACAGUUCAAGUACUAAGCCAAUUUAUGCACAGUCCAAAAAACUCACACAUGGAGGCAACCUUGAGAGUUGUGAGGUACAUUAAAGGAGCACCUGGACUUGGACUGUAUAUGACAGCAGAAUCUACAAACAAUCUAACCCCCUAUUGUGACUCAGACUGGGGUGCAUGUCUACAGACCAGGAGGUCAGUCACAGGUUACUUAGUGAAGUUUGGGGAAGCUCUAAUAUCCUGGAAGUCAAAGAAACAAGACACAGUCUCCAGAAGCUCAGCAGAAGCUGAAUUCAGAAGCAUGGCUUCAACUACUGCAGAGAUCAUCUGGCUGACCGGUGUACUAAAGGAACUAGAUGUUGAAGUACAAGUGCCUACUCAGCUAAUGUGUGAUAGCAAAGCAGCAAUACAAAUUGCUGUAAAUCCAAUAUUUCAUGAUAUAACUAAACACAUAGAUAUAGACUGCCACUUUGUAAGGGAAAGAAUUUUGCAGGGAAUGAUCAGAACAAAUCAUGUGCCUACCAAAGAGUAG